GCUGGGGAUCAGCGGCUGAAUCUGGCAUGAAUGAGACUGUGGAAGUCAUUGUCUUUGUUAUAAUCGGGGGGGUUUUGGUGAGAUGUGGUAUAGAAAUCGGCUUGAGGGUUGCAAUUGGGGAUGGUGUUGACACCACUGCCUAUAUAUAGAGUAGAUCUUCAUUCGGUGAGUGUACUGGAUAUCAUAACCCGGCUUUACCAGCAGUAUUUCAACAGCUGGCAACCCUAAUAGUUAGUUCACCAUGGAGCACCACUGCUCAACCUUCCAUGGCCUCCCCCGCGCCGCCUCUGACAACACCGACCUCAGCGAGGUCGACAUCCGUGGCAUCGACAAGGUCCUCCUCCUGCGCGUGCUCUACAAUCAGGCCCGCUUGACCACCACCGCCGUCCGGCCCUUCGACUUCGACCUCGCCCGCCAGGUCAUGGCCGCCCCCAUCCUGACCACCGACAUGCCCAACGUCGGCUCCUGGCUCUCCAUCUCCACCUUCUGCGGCCGCGUCAUCGGCGUCGCCCUCACGAGGAACACCGCCCAGGGCUGGAUCUACGACCAGCUCAAUGAGCCCGGUGCGUUUGACCGCGCGGUUGCCCGCGCCAGGCAGUUGACUGCUAACUCGCUUAGGUGGCGCGUGGGUGCGUUGCAGGCUGGGGAUCGGGAUCGGGAUCGGGAUCGGGAGGGGGAGGGGGAGAGGGAGAGGACGCCGCCGCCGCCUUAUAGUGAGAGGUAGAGCUGAGAUUUCUUGGUUUGGGUGGGGGUGGAGGUGAGUUGAGAUGGAUUUUGAUGCAAUGCUGCUCCUGAGGGAGUUUUGAAUCUAUAAUAUGUGCAUUGUUUGCGUCGUAGAGUUUGUGGUAUGUUCUU